GAGAGCGCAUCUGAAGAAAGCGCGUUCGCGUGUCCACACACUUAUAUACACACAUCCAGACUACAGCUGCACACCGAGAGCAUCCCUGAAAAGAGGAAGUGCUCGUUCACACUCUCCCAGCCUGGAAGCAUCGCUCUAGUUAGCUAACAUUUCAUCUUGGCGUGUUGGUUUUUACGGACGUGGAAAGAAUGUUCCCGGCGAACCCAGUGGAUUCGGAGGUCCACUGAAAUCCACCUCGCGCGGGCUCCGAGCCCCCCUCUGACUGCGUCGCUUUCAGCAGCAGUCAGCCCGAGCCAGAAUGUCAAGUAGCUACGAAGAAACUCGCUCCAGGGGCGGUGGCUCCAGCCGUGACUUGAAGAUGGCCUCGUCGAGCAGCUCGUCCCUGGACGGUGGACUUCCUCCACCGCCGCACCAGAACCGCAUACGGCAGUCUGACAGCAACACCAGUUUCCUCCGUGCUGCUCGAGCAGGAAACACAGACAAAGUCCUGGAAUUCCUCAAAAACGGAGUUGACAUCAGCACCUGUAACCAGAAUGGACUCAAUGCAUUACACCUGGCAGCUAAAGAGGGACACAAAGAUUUGGUGGAAGAACUGUUGCAGAGAGGAGCACAUGUAGACUCAGCCACCAAGAAGGGAAACACUGCUCUUCAUAUCGCCUCACUGGCUGGACAAAAAGAAGUUGUAAAACUCUUGGUGACUAGAGGAGCGGAUGUCAACGCUCAAUCACAGAAUGGCUUCACACCACUCUACAUGGCAGCCCAAGAGAAUCAUUUGGAGGUGGUACGAUAUUUUCUGGAAAAUGAAGGGAACCAAAGCAUUGCAACAGAAGACGGCUUCACUCCACUUGCGAUCGCUCUCCAGCAGGGCCACAACUCGGUGGUGUCCCUGCUGUUGGAGCAUGACACCAAAGGGAAAGUUCGCCUGCCAGCCUUGCACAUAGCAGCCCGCAAGGACGACACCAAGUCUGCAGCGCUGCUGCUUCAGAAUGACCACAACGCUGAUGUGCAGUCCAAGAUGAUGGUCAAUAGAACCACAGAGAAUGGGAAGAGCGGUUUCACGCCCCUGCACAUCGCUGCUCACUAUGGCAAUGUGAAUGUCUCUACCUUGUUGCUGAACAGAGGAGCUGCUGUCGACUUCACAGCCAGGAAUGGGAUCACACCUCUUCAUGUGGCGUCCAAAAGAGGAAACACCAACAUGGUCGCUCUGUUGUUGGAUCGCGGCGCUCAGAUAGACGCUAAAACAAGGGAUGGUCUGACACCCCUGCACUGUGCAGCCAGGAGUGGACAUGACCCAGCAGUGGAGAUUCUGCUGGAAAGAGGAGCGCCCAUCUUAGCCAGAACCAAGAACGGACUGUCUCCGCUGCACAUGUCAGCUCAGGGAGACCACAUAGAGUGUGUGAAGCUCCUGCUGCAGCAUCAGGCGCCGGUUGAUGACGUUACGCUCGACUACCUCACAGCACUGCACGUCGCAGCUCACUGUGGCCACUACAGAGUCACCAAAGUCCUUCUGGACAAAAAGGCUAACCCUAACGCCAGAGCACUGAAUGGUUUUACUCCUCUCCACAUCGCUUGCAAGAAAAACCGAGUGAAAGUGAUGGAGCUUCUAGUUAAAUAUGGUGCCUCCAUUCAGGCGAUCACCGAGUCUGGACUGACUCCCAUCCAUGUAGCAGCUUUCAUGGGGCACCUCAACAUUGUUCUGCUGCUGCUGCAAAACGGUGCUUCUCCAGAUGUCCGCAACAUUCGUGGUGAGACAGCUCUCCACAUGGCCGCCCGGGCGGGACAGAUGGAGGUGGUUCGCUGCUUGUUGAGAAACGGAGCCUUGGUGGAUGCCAUGGCGAGGGAGGACCAGACUCCCCUCCACAUUGCAUCCCGUUUAGGGAAAACCGAUAUUGUCCAGCUGCUGCUGCAACACAUGGCCCACCCUGAUGCAGCCACCACAAAUGGCUACACUCCUCUCCACAUCUCUGCCAGGGAAGGCCAGGUGGAGACCGCCGCCGUUCUGCUGGAGGCCGGAGCCUCACACUCUCUGGCCACCAAGAAAGGAUUCACUCCACUCCAUGUAGCAGCAAAAUAUGGAAGCCUUGAUGUAGCGAAGCUUCUCCUUCAACGCAGAGCCCUUCUAGAUGAUGCUGGCAAGAAUGGCCUGACUCCACUGCAUGUAGCAGCUCAUUAUGACAACCAGGAGGUGGCUCUGCUACUGCUGGAUAAAGGAGCGUCGCCUCACGCCACUGCUAAGAAUGGCUACACUCCUCUCCACAUUGCAGCCAAAAAGAACCAGACAAACAUUGCUUUAGCGCUGCUGCAGUACGGAGCAGAGACCAAUGUUCUAACCAAGCAGGGGGUCAGCCCGCUACACCUGGCAUCCCAGGAGGGACACGCUGAGAUGGUCAGCCUGCUGCUGAGCAAAGGAGCACAUGUCAACACCGCCACCAAGAGUGGACUGACUGCUUUGCACCUCACAGCCCAAGAGGACAGAGUCAACGCAGCAGAAGUCCUGGCCAAACAUGACGCCAAUUUGGAUCAGCAAACUAAACUCGGAUACACUCCCCUGAUUGUGGCGUGCCAUUAUGGAAAUGCCAAAAUAGUAAACUUCCUCCUUCAACAAGGCGCCAGUGUGAAUGCCAAAACAAAGAAUGGCUACACUCCGCUUCACCAGGCAGCGCAGCAAGGGAACACGCACAUAGUCAAUGUUUUGCUUCAGCACGGGGCAAAACCCAACACCACCACAGUGAAUGGGAACACAGCACUGUCGAUUGCCAGGCGUUUGGGUUACAUCUCUGUGGUGGACACGCUGAGAGUUGUCACAGAGGAGGUCAUCACUACCACCACGACGGUGACAGAGAAACACAAGCUCAAUGUUCCUGAGACCAUGACAGAGAAUCUUGAUGUGUCGGAUGAAGAAGGUGAGGACACAAUGACAGGUGAUGGAGGAGAAUACCUGAGAGCCGAGGACCUUCGAGAGCUGGGAGACGACUCUCUGCCAGGACAUUAUCUGGAUAGCUUCAGCUAUAUGAGUCACAACCUGGACAGGCCCCAGCACACUCCCAUUCACCAAAGUUUCCAUCAGAGAGACGGGGUUCUCAUUGAAGAAGUUUGGACAAGCCACCAGGUGUCUGCGUUGGCCAGAGAGCAUGACAAGGAGUCAUUUCGUCUGAGCUGGGGUGCUGAGCACCUGGAUAAUGUGGUGCUCUCCUCCAGUCUGCUGCACUCUGGCCGUUCUUCUCCAUGCCUAGACCAUGACAACAGCAGUUUCCUGGUGAGUUUUAUGGUCGAUGCCAGAGGCGGAGCAAUGCGAGGCUGUCGUCACAACGGCCUGCGAAUCAUCGUCCCACCAAGGAAGUGUUCCGCUCCCACACGGGUGACAUGCAGGCUGGUGAAGAGACAUCGUUUGGCCUCCAUGCCCCCCAUGGUGGAAGGUGAAGGGCUUGCCGGUCGAAUCAUAGAGGUCGGACCCACCGGGGCUCAGUUUCUGGGUAAGCUCCACCUUCCUACAGCUCCUCCCCCUCUGAAUGAGGGCGAGAGCCUGGUCAGCCGCAUUCUGCAGCUGGGUCCUCCAGGAACCAAGUUCCUCGGGCCAGUGAUUGUGGAGAUCCCCCAUUUUGCGGCUCUGAGGGGCACGGAGAGGGAGCUCGUGAUCCUACGGAGUGAAACAGGAGAGAACUGGAAGGAGCAUCACUGCGACUUCACUGAAGAGGAGCUGAACCAGAUCCUUAAUGGCAUGGAUGAAAAACUCGAUUCUCCAGAAGAACUGGAGAAAAAAAGAAUAUGCCGCAUCAUCACCAGAGAUUUCCCACAGUACUUCGCUGUGGUGUCGAGGAUAAAGCAGGACAGUCACCUGAUUGGUCCAGAGGGCGGGGUCCUCAGCAGUACACUUGUACCCCAAGUCCAGGCUGUCUUCCCUGAAGGUGCUCUCACUAAGAAGAUCAGAGUUGGGCUUCAGGCUCAGCCUAUUGAGGCUGAAAUGGUGAGAAAGAUUCUCGGUAACAAAGCCACAUUUAGCGCGAUUGUCACAUUGGAACCCAGAAGGAGGAAGUUCCAUAAACCAAUCACCAUGACGAUCCCAAUCCCCAAGAGCGCCAACAGUGAUGGACCAACUACAGUCUACAGUGGGGAGACCCCCACUUUACGUUUGCUUUGUAGCAUUACAGGUGGAACCACUCCUGCCCAGUGGGAGGACAUCACUGGCUCCACCCCUCUCACAUUUGUCAAUCAGUGCGUUUCCUUCACCACAAAUGUGUCCGCAAGGUUCUGGCUCAUAGAUUGCAGACAGGUCCAGGAGUCUGUCAACUUUGGCUCUCAGCUGUACAGAGAAAUCAUUUGUGUGCCAUACAUGGCCAAAUUUGUCAUAUUUGCCAAGACGCUGGACCCUAUAGAGGCUCGACUUCGCUGUUUCUGCAUGACAGACGACAAGAUGGACAAAACCUUGGAGCAGCAAGAGAACUUUACAGAAGUUGCCCGCAGCCGAGAUGUUGAGGUUUUGGAAGGGAAACCUAUAUAUGCAGACUGCUUUGGAAACCUGGUGCCUCUUACCAAGAGCGGACAGCACCACGUGUUUAGUUUCUAUGCCUUUAAGGAGAACAGACUGGCUCUCUUUGUGAAAAUUAGAGACACAGCUCAGGACCCAUGUGGCCGCUUGUCCUUCACCAAGGAACCACGCACCUACAGAAGUCUGAACCUCAAUGCCAUCUGCAACCUUAACAUCACACUCCCAACAUACUCAAAGGAAUCAGAUUCAGACCAAGAUGGAGAUGAUGAGAGCGAAAAGAGUGAAAAGAAAUAUGAUGAAUCUGAGUCAACUGAGACAUUCUCCCUGCGAACUAACCAACCUCUUGAUCCUGCAACGCUUGCAAGUCCAGACCUCCUGUCAGACAUGUCGGACAUCAGAACAUCGGCAGUUUUUACUGCAUAUGAGGGGAGAAUUGAAGAAACAGGGUUAGAGGAGGAGUCGUCUCUGAUUGUUGUGGAAUUGUUCAAAGAGAGGCAGGAAAAGGUUGGAGGAUUUAAAAAAGAUGGGCAGAUUGAACGUAGAUCAGUGGAACAACAAGAUAGGGCUAAGAAAGAUGUGUAUUCAGUAUUUGAGGUGAAAGCUUUUGAAGAAACUAAAACUUUGAGUCAAACUGACACUGAUAUUGAUGGCAUGAAUACAGUGGUCUCAAACCUUGACAAGGAGAUGGAAGAUUAUCUGGAGCAAAGACUCUCUGGGACAUAUGAUUCUCAAGAAGAUCUUACAAAAGAGAAAGGUGAACUUGUAUCUGUAAAGCGAGAUGGCAAAAAACAUCCUCCAAAUAUUAAAAAACCUAUUAGAAAGAAACUUAGAGAGUUUUCAAGAUGUAGCAGCUCUGAGGGAGAACUAGAAAGAAUGAGUUCUGAAGAGUCUUUAGAUGAUGAUGCUAUCAUGAAGAAGAGUGACCCUUCAACCACCGUAGCCACAGAACCUCCAGCUUCUCCUGUAGUUGUUGAGGCACCUAUAGGAUCAAUAAAGGACAAGGUUAAAGCUUUGCAAAACAGAGUUGAGGAGGAAAAGAUACAAAAGCACACUCAAGUUCAGGGGUAUGAAGCAACACGAAGCAGCAUUACAAAGACACCAGCAGAAGUCAUGCCAGAACUUCCCAGUAUUCCCAAAUCCCCUAAAUCCCAAACCGAAAGAUUAGAGGAAACUAUGUCAGUGAAGGAACUGAUGAAGGCAUUUCAGACAGGGCAAGACCCAUCAAAAUGUAAAUCUGGACUUUUUGAACACAAAGCAGAGCAUUUUCAUUAUGACAAAAUGUCCAUCUCUGAAACAACAGAUUCUGAAAAGUUGGAAGAAGUGGAGCAAAGUCUUACAUAUGAGCCAACAUCUCAACUCCAGACUCAUGACCCUGUGGUUUUCCAUGAACAAAAUGUCAUUAAUAAACCAAGCAAUACAGAAGAGAUGGAAUGCCUAGUCAAAGGUAAUACAGAAGAAAAGGUAUCUAAUGGAAAGAAAGUGACAUUUGCUGAAACUACUGAGUAUGUUGAUGAUGGUUAUGGUCCACAGAGAGAGGUAGUUGACAGUUGUGUGUUACCAGACAAGGAGAAUCUGUCAGUUAAGGAGCUGAUGAAAAUGUUCCAAGCUGAGUGCGAGAAUGCAGAAAUCACACCACAGCCUUUAAAACCCAAUGCUGUGUCCACUCAUGUUACAACAACUCAAAAUGAAGCUUUUAAAGAAACCCCAUUUCAAGAGCCAGAAUCACAUGUUGAAGCACAGGGACCAACAACUUUCAGUUCAACAUCUGAUUCCAUCUUGUAUGAUUUUAGAGAGUCAGAAGCUCAUCCAGAAAGUGUUGUCAGAUACGGAUCUGACAACUCAGUGUUCAUUUCAGAUGAUUACUCUCUUGGAAAGACAGUGCACUUUGCUGAAACACUUCCUAGUGAUCAUGUACCUGACAGCCCACAAAGAGGGGAGCCUGGAGAGAGCACUGUGUCUGUGAAAAACUUACUGAAAGCUUUCCAAAAUGAGCAAGAAGGACAGCAGACUAAGCCAAGUCUCACAAGGGAGACACAAAUGUCAAUACAAACUGAGAAGGCCUCAAUUAUCCAUCAAGAGAUUGGUGACAGAAAAUCUGACCAUUUAGGCUUGGAUAAUCAUUCACAAGAGUUUAUCAGAGAUCAGUCUCUGUCAUUGUCUGACCCUUCUUUUGAGCAGAUGAUACAAAAUUCUGAAAGACUGAUCACAACAAUCCAGACUGAGCAUGGCCUGUUAAAAGCGAAAUCAGAAUCACGUGAAGGCUCUGGAGAGAUUCAGGAAACUGAACAGAAUACCCGAAUGUCAUUCCAAACACAAGUGAGUAGUGACAAACCAAUGAAUUUAGAUGCUCAGACUGUGACAUUACAGAAAGAAAACACUUCUGAGUCACAACUAAGUCCAGUUACUACUUCUUUUGGUGUGACAGUCAAAGUCACUGAGAGGAUUCAGUUUGAUGAUAGAAGAAUUAAUCCAGAGAGAGAUGAGUCAGACAUGCCACAGAACAGCCUCAGCAGAAUGCAGCUCGAGGAACCCCUCAUAAACAUUACUAGGAGUCUAUCUGAUGAAUAUCAGAUCAGCCCUGACCGCAGACAUUCAGAGGAUUUCAGUUCUUUCAUUAAGGCUGAACUGGAGGAAAAUCCAGAGUAUCAGCUGUUUAAGCGCAGAUCUACAACAGGAGAUGUCAACUAUCAAUUGGGGGCACUUGGGGAAGAGACCCUGAUUGAUGAUACAGACACAAAUCCAGAAUCAUUAUACAGUUCUUGUUUUAAGGACAACACAAGUCCAAAUAGUUACAAGCCAGAAAGACUGACUAAAUCCUCUGAGACAAAUGUUCUAAAGACCUCCUGUUUUAGCUCAGAAGAGAAAGAAAAUUCAGAAGAACUUACACCAAUAUAUCAAAUGCCCAAUGAAAUGUUUUCUUACCACGGCGUUACCAAAGACGAUUACUGUGUUCCUGCAGACAAAGACACCAUGUUUCAAGCAAAAGAUAAAGACAUCACAGAUAAACAUAAAAGCAAAGAACAAAGGACAGAGAUAGCAAUAAAGGAGCAGUCGAUUCUCGAGAUUUGCAAAGGUAAUCAAAUGUUUGGCCAGAAAUCUACAUCAGUAAAGGACAUAAAAGGUUCCUUAUUGAACAAAGAUUUGGAUCAGUACCUACAAGUUGGACCUAUUAGAAGCCAACAAGCGCAUGAAGAUAUUUGUCAGGAUAAAAUUGAACAAUCCAUUAAAACACAAGAGACUGAUGAGGAAACGUCCACAAAAACUUUUACUCAAAAGGAAGAAACAAAAAUGGAUGAAGCAGCAAUGCAAUUAAAACCUGCAGAUAUCGAAGAACCAACAUUUGCAGAGGCAGAUAAAAAAACAGGGCCAAUGGAAAGAACACUUCCAGAAGAGGAUGAUGUCAUUGUGAACUUUGAUCAAAUGAUUCACACCAAAGUCAGCGAAUCCUCAAGUGCUUUUGUUGAGAAGAGGAAAAACUCAGAAACGCAAGAACAGACUCAAGCAAUUGCUGAUGAACUGAGGCCAAGUGUCCCAUUUGAGCCUCCAUUUGAAGAGGAUAUUAAGAAAAUUACACAACCAUCAACAAAUGAGAAAAAUAUGUCAGGCAUGUUGUCACUUCUCAAAAGUGAUCUUGAUAAAUGUUUAAGUGAAAAUACAAUGUCAAGACAAUGCAAGCUAGAGGAUGAGCUUGUUGAUGAAAGACACAUUGAAGUCAAACUCCCAAGCAGACAUUUACAAGACAAUGUACUUGAGGAAGUUUAUGAAAACCUGCAGGGCUCAGAGAGUCAAUUUAAGAAAGCAACAACUGAAGCACAAUCUGAGACUAUAUUUGAACAAGUUUACCUGGAGGGAGAUGCAUAUCACCAACCGUCCACAAAUAAGAGAAAUAUUUCUGGCAUGUUAUCACAUUUGAGUCAUGAUUUAGAGACAUACUUUGAAGAAAAUCCAGUGCGAAAGCAAAUGUCCUUUGAUGAGGGGUUAAUCUCUGAAAGCUGCAAGGAAGUUCGAAUAAAAUGUGAUGAUGUUGAAGAGAAGGUGAAUAAAAGGGCCAGUGACCAACCUGAUGCUGGUGCAGUUAGUAUGAAAGAAAUACCAAGAAGUUCUGUAUCUGAGACCCCAUUCCAACAAGUUGUUAUUAAGACCAAAGCUCAGUCCAAACUGAUAACAGCUGAGAAGAAUAUGCCUGGUAUGUUAUCACUUUUAAGUAGCGACCUGGACAAAUAUCUCAAAGAAAGGCCAGUUGUCAAACAAGAUCUUCCAGACCAGGAUCUAAUCCAUGAGAGCUGCAAGGAAACAAAACAGGUAGCUGAUCAUUCAGAUGACAAAGAUGAAGAAGUUGCCAGGAUAUGUACCAAGACUGAAAAAGGUGGUCUUCAAGAAGUUGCUCAAAGUUCAGUAUCUGAGAUCCCAUUCCAACAAGUGCUCAUUAAGCAGGAGGUUUACCACAAACAGCCAACAACUGAGAAGAAUAUAUCUGGUAUUUUGUCACAUCUGAGUAGUGACUUAGAUGAAUACCUAAAAGAAAGACCAAUUGUCAAACAAACACUUCCAGAGCAAGACUGUAUCCAUGAGAGCUGCAAGGAAACAAAACUGGUAACGGAUUGUUUAGAUGACAAAGUAGGGGGGGACUACAGUGAGUGCUUGGAGACCGAUACAGUUGGAACUGAAGAAGCUCAAAGAUCAGCAUUUGAGACUCCAUUCCAACAAGUUGUUACUGAGAGACACGUUGACUGUGAACAAAUAACUGAAAAGACUAUGUCUGGUAUGCUGUCACAUCUGAGUGGUGACUUAGAGAAAUAUCUUAAAGAAAGACCAACAACCAAACAAAAACUAACAGAGAACAACAUAGUCAAAGAAAGUUGCACAGAAACCAAAUUGGUUGUUGAUCAUUUUGAAGAUAAAGUAGUGGAAGUGGCAUGUGAAACUUUGGAGUCUGAUGAAGUUGCAGUUGAUGAUCUAUCUCAAGGCUCAAUAUCUGAGAUUCCAUUUAAUCAGAUUGUGAUUGAAGGAAAAUCCCACCCUCAGCAGUCAGAGAAAGAUAUGACAGGCAUGUUGUCUCUAUUGAGCACUGAUUUGGAUGUUAAUCUGAAAGAAAAGUCUUUGAAUUUGGAAAGAUGUUCAGAUGAGAGUUUGAUCCAUGAGGAAUGUCAAGAAACAUUUCUUACAUGUGGUUAUGAAGAAGUCCAGGUGGAAAAGGAGCUAGACGAAGAUCCAAAUACUGAUGUAGCUGAAAUCAAGGAACUAGUCGGAGGUUUAGUUGCAGACAAUGUAUUACAGAAAGUUUCGAUGAAGACACAAGUCCAUGACGAAUGCACCUCAAUUGAGAAGAAAGUAUCAUAUGUGGUGCCCCUUCUCAGUGAGCCUGGGAAACCUGAGACGAAAGAAAGUCCUCCAUAUGAGGACCUUGUUCAUGAGACCUUCAAAGAAACAACACAGACUGAGGACUGCAAAAGAGAACCAGACGAGGUAUCCUCCAAAAAAUCCAGAUUUGAUAGUGGAGACAUCAAUAAAACAAGACUUAAAGAAAUUGAAAGACAGACAUAUGUUGAUGAAGACGACAGGUCCAACAUUGAAUCAUUUAAGACAUGGAAAGAGGACAGAUCAUUUAAAGAAGCAGCACUUUAUACUGACUCUACUGAAAGAACAGUGAACAACAGCAAGUCAUACGCGACAUUAUAUGAUGAUGAAGUUGAUGACAAUGCUGAUGGUUUUCAUUCAGUUCAUGAAACACAAGAACCAAGUAGGUAUGCUGCUCUGCAACGACCUGCUGAAUUGGAGAACAUCCCCUGUAUGGUGUUUGAUGAGCCAGACAAAGAGCUUUUUAAUCAAGACUCAUUAGAGUCAAGUCCUGUAGUGGAAGAUCGAUCAUCAAAGAAAUCCCCUGAUUCAAUUGAACCAAGCCCUACCAAAGAUUCUCCAUGUCAAGAUUCCCUUGAAAGUAGUCCUACUCUGACAAAGGAUGCACAAAUUCAUAAACCUUUUAAGACAGCUGUGUAUGAAGACUAUGCUUCACAGCUCAAAGCAUGUUUUCCAUAUGAAACCUCUGUUUAUACAGAUAAAUGUGAAGAAGAUGAGAAAGAAAACACUGGGAGGAUCUCUGUAACUGAAUCUCCAGAUGAAACAAGUGAUGCUAAUAUGUGCUCUAUUGAGAGCCUUCAAACCAGGCAAAAGUCACUCAGUGCAGAUGACAGCGAGGAUGAAAUCACCAGCAAACAAUUUACUCCAGAAGAGGAGAUGUUUAAAAUGGCUGUAAAGAUCAAAACGUUCGAGGAGAUGGAACAAGAAUCUAAAAUAAAGACAGAGAUACAUGAAGAUUACAAAGACGAUGACCGAGAUUUAAGAUCAGACUCUGAAGCUAUUCAACAAUCAAGUUCUGAAUUAUGUGCGACUCAUUCACAACAUGAAGAAAUAGAUCAUUUGUUCCUUAAGAAUGAGGCAGUGAAUCAGUCACAGCAGGGAACUACUCAGCUGGCUGACAUUCAACUUUGUUCAACUACACAAUCCAAAGAAAAAACUGACGGAGUUAGGGAGGACUCCACAAUCCUCUUUGCAGAAAAAGAGUCAGAAAUUCUAAAAGACAAAACAACACCAAUUUUUACUGUUUCUGAAAAACAUUUGUCAGGCUUUGUGGCAAAUGAAUCCCAAAUGAUGACCCAAGGUUCAGGAUUUGCACCUGAACCUCAAACUACAACUUGUACUACAGAAGUGGAAGAAGUUAAAGAACAAAUGGAUCUUGGCCAAAAAACACCAGAAAAAUAUCCUGAUCAGGCUACAGAUAGUGAGAGAAGCCCUAAUCCAUUUCAGUUUCAAGAAGGAAAACUGUUUGAAAUGACUAGAGGUGGAGCCAUUGACUUGACAAGAAGGACCUUUGAUGACGAAGGUGAAGGAUUUGGGUUUUUUCAUUUUGGAGAACAUCAAAUGGAUGAAGAUGUACCAGAAGAGUUUGUUGAAGAUUUUACAAAGUCUUCUCAGAGAACUGAUUCUAAGCCUGGAGCUAUUUCUAGCUUGACCGAUUGUCAACUUGUUUCUCCUAGUGCUGCUAAGAGCUUCACAACUACCCAGACUGAAGCUGGAGAUAUGGAGGGCCUCGGGCUAGGCUACUUGGAUACCACUGUAGCUGACCUUCAGUCAGACACAACAGAAGCCACCCAGAUAGAUGCUGAAAAGCCUUUCUUAGACUCUUCCUCCUCCUCUGAUGAUGACUUAGAUGACGAAGAAGACCAGUGCUCAGUCAUAGAGAUGACCAUUUCUGCUGCACAGCUUGACACCUUAGAUAAUGAUCAAGAUUCACCUCAGCCAACCAUACCAGGUUCUUUAAUUAGUGAGUCAAUGAAGGUGAAAGACUUGCAGGUAUCAGUGCUCGAGACAGUUGAUAGGAGAGCAGAAAAAAGACUGAAGUCUGAUCGUAAAACUAGAUCUGAAGGUGGAGACAUUAAAAAACAGUUUUAUAGAAAAGGUCCGAGAUACUCUGAUUGUAGUCAGUCUACUAGUACGUCAGAGCUUUCUGCUUCUAAACUCUCUCCCCUAAUGCAGGAGAGACUUGAAGCUGAUAUGGCCCAUCCUCAUUCCACCCCCAAAAAAGCCCUCCAGCUCCCCGAUGCUACAGAUACAUCUAUUAGGUCUUCUUUUGAAACUGAUGAUAGGAGUAGCAGCAGUCACAAAAGUUCAGACUCCGUUGUCUUUACAUAUGACGUUCAAGCUUCUCACGGUUCAGAUUCUGAUAGUAAUCAGUUACCAGUUACACAUCCAUCUUGUGGGGCAGAGGAUGUGUUUGAGUCCAGGCCUACAUGGGAUGACACUGUGGAAACUCAGAUGCAGAGAAUCGUUGAUGAUCAAACUCCAGAACAUACUCCAGUUGAUUGGCAGGAUGAUGCUGAUAGGAAGGAGGAGACUUUAGCAAUCAUUGCAGACCUUCUUGGCUUCAGUUGGACUGAACUCGCAAAAGAGCUGGAAUUCAGUGAAGAGGAUAUUCAACUUGUGAGAACACAAAAUCCAAAUUCUCUUCAAGAACAGAGUCAUGCAUUACUGCAGCGUUGGGUUGAACGGGAAGGCAAGCAUGCCACAGAGGACUGUCUGAUUAGGAGGCUGACCAAGAUCAACCGCAUGGACAUUGUCCAUCUCAUUGAAACCCAGAUGAACAAGUCUGUUCAAGAACAAACAUCUAGAACCUAUGCAGAAAUAGAGAAGACCCUAGAUCAUAGUGAAGUGUCAGUCGCUUUGUCUUCAGUGCAACAGGACACUGACAGCCCAAGAAUUGUGAGAAGGAUUGAGUCUGAUGGUAGACCGCCACCAGCUGUUUCUGAGGAGGAUCUAUCAGUUGCUUCUUUGCUGGAUAUUCCUUCGUGGGCAGAGCCAACGGGACAAGUCCACUCAGAGAGCAUGCAUGGAGACCUACUAGAGGACGUUGAAAUCACACAGGAAUUGAGCCCCAACCUAUGGAUUCCUGAAGAUGUCACAUCAAAAGAACAUGCAAGUUACAACUCCUCAGAUGAGCAAAUGUCAUCUGCAUCCUCCAAGACAGUACAUUCACAGUCAUCUAAUGAAAAAAAUAUCCAAUUAGAACCAAUUCAGUGCUUCCCCACUAAAAUGGAGGUCUCAGUUCCUGACGCAAACACAUCAGCCCUUUCAAAUAUAGAGUUAGAACUUCCAGGUUGCUUGGAUCAAACUAAACCCCAACCUGACACCUUGUUUGCCACUCCAACCACCAUAUCACAGGUAAAGGAUGAACACUUUUUACUGUCUGGUCCUGGUGGCGAAUCUGGCUUAGCCGAACCAACUUCAGCGGCCCCCGACUCACAAGACAGUUCAGAUGUACUCACCAUCCUGUCCCUGGAAUCUCCAGACUCACCAUCCAUGAAGAUUGGGUCCCCUGGAAACAUUGAGCCCAUGUCAGAUCUAAAGGGAAUGAAAUAUGAGUUUAGAUCAGAGAUAGAUGAACUACCUUCAUCAGAUGUUCCGGAUCAUGAAGGCAAAUUUCUUCUGGAAGAUCCAGGAGCCGGCACAUCAUCCACUGCACAGAUGGCAGAAGAUGAAACAGAUGACACGGUUACUCCUGGUAAAAGAAAAGCUUUUGAGUUAAGUUCUGGUAUUUUUAAAGACAGCCUUGAAUUAUUUUUUUUGGACUCCAAGUCCUCCCAAAGAUUGGAAGAGAAAAAUGAAUCACUGUGGAGUUCUAGGACUGAUGAAACAUCUAUGCAGAGUAUCCAAGACCAGCAUUUAUGGUAUAGAACUUCCACUGACACCCUUUCCUCUCAGUCUUUGUCUGAGUUGACUCCUGAGACAGUCACAACUGCAAGACAUUUUAGCUUUGAGGAGCUGAUGUCAAACCAAUCCUCAGCAAGCUUGGAGAUAUCUUCAGAUGAGGACAAGCCAAGAAACUGCAAGCAGCAUUCAGAUGAAACUCUGGUAGAUGAGGAUGAAUGGCAUGAUUUGGAGUCAAUUUCUGUUAAACAAAAAACUGAGAAGACCUCCCCAUCUUCUGAUGAGGAAAAUGGCAUCCCACUUGGAAAUGCAGGGACUUUAUCAGCUUCUGAAGACAGAUCCCACAUCCAUCCAGAGUGCAAAGAGGAUCACAGUGACCCAGAGUCGUACCUUGACUGCAAACAAAAGGUCUCUGAUUCCUCAGAGACGGAUCCAGAUGAAUAUGAAAGAAGUCCAGCCCAGAGUCAAAGGCAGAAGGUGCUCUUGACUUCUGGAAGUGAAGAUUAUGCAGAUGCUUUCAUGGUUCAUGAGGGUCCACUGGAGGAGAGUGAAACGUACCCUUCAGAGACAUCGGAUGAAGAAACCCCCAUGCGCCAAGCAUCAAAACUACCCGGAACUUAUGACGCUAAUAAAUCUCUGAAGAGGGAGAUCGACGCAGAACUUGGAUCAAUGUCUGACAGUUCGGAUGAUGAAUUUUUUUUGACCGCCAGAAUUGUACGGCGAAGAUUUGUCAUUCAGGGUGAUGAAAUGCCCCGCCUCACCAGUCGCACUGUAACAGAGGAGACUUACAAGAAUGAAAAUGGACACACUGUUGUCAAAAAGGUAACCCGGAAAGUUGUUCGCAAAUGUGUUUCUACAAAUGGAGAAGAGCAUGCUGGGAAAUCAUUUGAAGGAGUUGCUCAGGGAUCAGAUGUCGGAUGCAGCAGGAAUGUGAGGAGUGAGGGGGACCACGCAGAGGUGUCAUUUGAUAAAUGUGAGGACCUCCCAUCAUCGAGGCAACAAACUGCUGAUAAAGUGAGUCAUAAAGAAGCAACCGGAUCAGAGGUUGAGAGGACAACACCUUCCCUAAAUGACCAAUCUUUGGCUUCUCAUUUCCCUCCAACCCAACAUGACUUCACACAGCUGUAAAGGGAGCCAGCAGCACACAGAGGUCCAUGUAGAGCAAACGAACAACGACAGAGAAAGGUCAAAGCCCUUUGACCUGCAGCAGCAACUCCACCAGCUCUCCCAAUGCUGCUAUGAACAAAAUAGGAUCAAGGACUGAGGAAUGAAUAAAAUAAAAUGCUUCCCCCUCCACACCAGACAGUCCCCGCUAAACUCCCUGCUACUCCUAUGCAUUUGCCACAUGCAAUCCUGGUGUGUACUUCAGCACCUGAGAGCUACCACAGUCUUCCCGCUUUAGUUCUGGAAGAUGAGCUUGUAGUUCACAAAAAAAAAAUGAGUUUCCUUCCCUGACUGAUGUUUCAUGAUUUCUUUUCAUGUUCAAGUGUUUUAUUUAUUUAUUUAUUUCAAAUUUUCUUUGCCUUUUUGUGACCAAAGAUUCUUUUGUGUUGUUUUUCCAAUUCAGUUCUGAAUGUCGUGUUUUUGAUUCAGUAGAAGAGCGGUUCCAAAAAAAAAACAAAAAACAUGAAUGUCGUUCACAUUAGCCUAUUCACACCUGAAGGUUAGGAGACAGAAGGUGCUUUUAUUGAUGAAGCACUUUCAUUGCACUGCCUCUCUCAACUCAGACAUUGGUUUUCAAAAAGAAAAAGGACAUCAUAUUCUGUUCUACGUUAUGUUUUUCUUUUCAUUAGGUGAUCAAGAUGUCACAAAGCUGAAACCUGAUCAUAUCAGCACUGAAUUUACCUGCUGCCAUAGUGUUUUGCGUAGACUGUGUGUAUUCCGUCUUUAAAAAUGAUAUAUUAUCUAUAAUCUAAAAACUGCUGACAUCUGUAGCCUAGAAAUGAAUAAUCACUCAUGUGCAGUAGAACAGGCAUGACUAAUGGACAUCUGUCAGUUUGAUCAUAGCUUUGCCUGCUUUGUUGUCCAGUGGUUUGUCCAAUUCUUUGCUUCUAUGUACCUUUCUUUAUUACAUUGAAUCUGUUUGCUUUUAGGCUUUUUCAUGUGUAAUUGUUGAUCCUGCCUCAUAACACUUGAGCGUAGCUUGACUGAAGGCACUGAAUGUUUGUCUGUGCAUGUGUGGAGCCAAAUUCUGGUGGUUUGCAGAGAGUUUUGUGGGUACUGUAUGAAGAUUAUUUAAGAUGUCAUUGUUUUUUAUUUCAAAGUUAUAUUAUUUAUCUGGAGGUCCUCUGCACAGUUUUGGAAAUGUAUUUCUUUGUGGAAAAGCGACCAGGCUGUUGAGUGUUUUUAUUUCAUGUAUAAGCUUUAUUGUUUCAACGAUUUUAAAUCAGGAAAGUGUUAAACGAGGUGCACACCAUGUUUGAGUGUGAAUGGGUCUGUUUCUGUGUGUAGUACAAAGGUGUGUUUUCUGUCAGCAAAGACCUGUUUAUUUUACACAAAUCACUUUUGCACUCCUGAAUGUCAGGUGGAGACACCUUCAUGAGUUCUGUGCACAGGAUGUUGGGUGCAGCAGAUGUUCGCCACAGAGAAAGUCUCAGCGUGGAGGUGAUGACAUGCAGGACGACGCACGUGGUUAUUGAAUUAUGUGAUUAUCCGCAGCUCUGAGCAUAAUACUCUGUAUUUAUUUCACUCUCACCGUUUACUUUGUGAUUCCAAAAAGAAAUCUGAUUAGUGAAAGUUCACUGUGACAGGUAUGCUUUUUAAUUUUGAAAAAACAGCAUCCCUUUUCUGUGAUGACAGCAUAUCCAGUAUAUAUAUCUACAAAGGCAUGUAUUACUGUAUUCAAAUUUGAAAGGACAGACUCAUUGUGCAGUCUAUUUAUGGCUGAUAGAGAAUAAAAUCCUAAAAAUGUAUAAUGUUA